UCUCUGUUAGUUCAAGGCCACCCUGGGCUACACAAAGUUCAUCCAGUCUAAAAGAGAAACAGAGCUCAUACAGAGGUGAUCCCAGUACUUGGAGUGACAUACCUUUACUGAGCAUUGGUGGCUGGCUGCUUUGCUUCUCUGAUCUUUCAGCUUUCACCAUGAUAGCUAACUCUGAGUUUUUAUUAUAAAUGUCAUUCAGAAUCUGUGCUACACAGGACUGGAAUUGCAAACAGUUGUAAGCUGCCAUGUGGGUGCUGGGAAUGGAACCUUGGUCCUCUGAAAGAUCAGCCAGCUCUUUACUACUUAGCCAUCUCUCCAGCCCCCUUUCCUGCUUUCUUAUUGUGAAAAGGGGCAAGGAAAGUCUUUGCAAAUACUGAUUGACACUAAAAAUGUCUUUCUCUUUCGUUUGCUUGUUUGUAAGAGGCCUUCCAUCAUUCAACAGUUACAAAUGUAAGGACUUUCAAACAUUUUGGUCAUCAUCCCUGACAGCACACAAAAGGAGGAAAGUUAUUGUCUUUUUAUUUGUUUGUUUGUUUGGUUGGUUGGUUUUUCGAGACAGGAUUUCUCUGUGUAGCUUUGUAGAGCAGGCUGGCCUCGAACUCAGAGAGAUCCACCUACCUCCAUCUCCUGAGUGCUGGGACUAAAGGUGUGCACCACCACUGCCCAGCUAGGGAAAAGUUAUUGUCAUUAUCUUCAGCUCCUGUACAUUUUGAAGUGGAUGCUUUCCAUGAAAAUUUAGAAAGUAUGUCAGAGUUGGAAACAAUAGAUGUCAGUGGUCCUUCUCAAGAUGUCUCCUACUCGUCACCCUUCUGUAUAGAAGCCAGCUCCAUCACUUCAGACUUGCCUCAGGAUGAAACAAAGAAAACAAAAAGGGAAAAUGAGUCUACACACUCAUUCUCUGAAGAUAUUUAUAGCACCCAAGACAGUUUGCUAGGUGAUACCAACCUUGGGAAUUUCUCGGAGUGUGUACAGAAUCAACCAGCUAACACUAGGGUUUCUUCCUUCAGACAAUUUGAACCCAUUUGCAAAUUUCACUGGAUAGAAGCAUUUAAUGAUGAGGCAACAUUUCAAGACAUGGGGGAAGUCUUUUCUUACUUGGAGAAGCCAGAGUUGCAAAGCCAGGAGUCUAAUGACACAGUGGACGCCAGUGAGAAGUCAGAUUCACUUAAGGGAGAAAGUCCGAUGGAAACUAGCAUUUCUGAAAAUAAAGACCAACUUGUUCAUGAGCAUGUCGGGAAAUCUCCUAGAGGUCUGUCACUAAACUACUACAGAGGAGGGAUACAGACGUUUGUGGAAAAGUCACUGGCUAGAAGUACUGUUGUAGAUGUCGCCCUGAACGUCAGUCAGCCUCAAAGCUUUCUGGGUAAAGAAAAUGUCUGCACAAGUGGUGAAGAUGUAUUUGAUAAUGAGGACUGCUUAGACCUGCUUGACUUUAGAGCUAAUGGUGAAACAGAGGAGCCUGAAGUUUCUUCAAAAGAAAUGCAGAAUUCUGGGGAGAUUUCUGAGAUGUCUGUUAGUCACCAGGAGGAAGUCACAGAAGAUGGUGUAGACAGCCUAGCCAUUACCUCAUCUUGGUCUCCAGCGGGCAUCUUCAAGAAUAGUAGCUCUCAGGACAACUGCAUGAUGCCUGAUAGGGAGCUAUGCUUUGAAAGCUUGGAGCCUCUGGAAGAAGACAUGGCCUUAAAUGAAGCCUUGCAGAAAUUAAAACAGACUAACAAAACACAAGAAAUUCAGAUCCAAGACCUCCAUGAUAGGAACUUGCACUUAGAAAACAGGGUUAAAGAACUACAGACGAAGGUCACCAAACAGCAAGUAUUGGUUGACAUCAUAAACAAACUAAAGGAGAACAUUGAGGAGCUAAUUGAUGACAAAUACAAUGUACUCCUAGAGAAGAAUAGUAUCAACAAGAAAUUUCAGGAUCUGCAAGAGGUUUCAGCCAACACCAAAAAGCACCUUCAGGAAUCCAAGAAAGACAAGGAGACCUUGCAACUCCAGGUUAAAAAGAUCAAGGUCCAUUAUGUCCGUUUACAGGAAAGGUACAUCGCUGAGAUACAGCAGAAAAACAGAUCAGUCAGUCAGUGCCUGGAGAUAGAGAAGACCUUAAGCAAAAAAGACGAAGAGCUGCAAAGGCUGCAGCGACACAAAGGAGAGCUGGAGGAGGCCACCAGCUCUGCUUUGGACUUGUUGAAAAGGGAGAAGGAGAUCCGGGAACAAGAGUUCCUGUCUUUUCAGGAGGAAUUCCAGAGGCGGGAAAAGGAGAACCUGAAAGAAAGACGAAAAUUGAAGUCAAAAGUUGAGAAGCUGAUGGCGCAAGUGAAAAGCUUACUGUUCACCUGUGAGAGCGAGAGGGCUACAACUACAAAGCUCCAGCAGCAGGUCGACCAGCUGAAGCAGGAAAACGCAGAGCUCCAGCAGCAGGCUGCAAAAGGGGAGGCACAAACUUGUGCCCCUAACUUUGACAUGAUUCAGUCAAGGGAGCAGCUGGAAGAAGUGAUGGAGCCAGGUGACGCCCAGGGUCCACAGGGACUACAUUCUAAUUUGCUCCUGGAUUGCUCGCCUUGGAAAGAGACCCUGGAGCUCCCAGCUAUGAAGAGAACUCCUCCACUGACCUCUAGAAUUCACAGUCUUUUGGCCCUGACAAUAGGACUUCUCACAUGUCAGGAUAUCACCAUUCCUGAUGCUGAACAUUGCCAAGAAAGUAAGAAAGCUAAUGACAUAAUGCUGCAAAAACUGAAGAGCUUUCAGCUUAAAAAGAGAGAUUUAGAUAAAGAGUUAUUGAGACAUAAAAACAGAAUUGCAACUCUUAAAGAGUUAAUUGCUAAUGAAAAAGCAUUUCAAGAUCACACUAUUGAGGUCACAGAUUUUGAUGCAGAAGAAGCCAGGAAUACCAGAGAUGCACCUGUGUUACUGGCAGUCAAAUUGGAUAAAUACCACAAUCUAAAUGAGGAGCUCGAUUUCUUGAUCACAAAGUUGGGGGGCCUUCUAGAGAGCAAAGAAGAACACUACAGUAGACUCAUCGAAGAGAAUGACAAGUACCGGAGACAUGUAGGCAGCUUAAUAAAUAAGGUAACAUCAUAUGAAGAAAUUAUCAAAUGUGCUGACCAAAGACUUGAGAUUUCCCAUUCUCAGAUUGCACAUUUGGAAGAGAGAAAUAGACAUUUGGAAGAUAUAAUUAGAAUGCCUAAAGAGAAUGUCAGAAGGCCAAGGCCAAGAUUAGAAAAUCACUCAAAGUCCAUGACCUUGUUAAGUCAUCUUGAUGAAUGCUAUAAAGAAUGUUCUUUCUCCAUGUGAAUUGACUGACAGUAAUACACGAUUAAAUAUUCA